UAAAGGGCAGUCAGUCUUCAAUCAAAAUAGCCUACCCCUUACAGUUAUAAAUUUGAAUAAUCAGCCCCAAACUCAGCCACUGCGACGGAUACCCAAAUCAAAACAUCAGUUACAUCUAAAAAAUGAAGCAAAAUUCAUGUUUCGUUGUCUUUUUGGUUUCCGUGACAUUCCUUCCCUUGGUCUUUUCCGCUGCACGGAGGGAGAUUUUGGCCGGAGGAUGGCAACCGAUAAAAAACAUAAAUGACCCCCACGUGAGGGACGUUGCGGAGUUCGCUGUGUCGGAGUACAACCAGCAGUCGAAGGCGAGUUUGAAGUUAAAGAGCGUGGUGAAGGGCGAGAUGCAGGUGGUUUCGGGGAUAAACUAUAAGCUUGUUGUGGAAUCCACUGACGAUAAGGAUUACGAGGCUGUAGUUUGGGAGAAGGCCAAUGGUAAAUCCAGGAGUCUAACCUCGUUUAAAUCUCUACUGGGUUGAUGAAUUUAAAUCGUUUGGGUUUUGGAAAUGUAUGUUCUUCAUGUUUUAGAUUAAUUUAAUAAAUAAUAAUGAUUAGAACGUAAAAUCCAUUGAUAAUAGAAAAAACUUGAUUUAAAUAUGAAAAUAUUGAAUCUAAAAUGAAUUGAUGACAAUGGAGAAAUUCGAUUUGGUUAUAAAAUUACAUGAACAGAUUUAAUAAAAUUGAAAUUUGUUA